GGACUGCGGUCGCCGGCACCAUGGGGUCCCCCUGUCGCCCGGGGCAUCGCCUCUCUCACAGGCCAGAGGAAGAUUGGGAUUCUGCCCUGUUUGCUGAACUUGGUUAUCUCAUGGACACUGAUGAGUUGCGAUUGGAUGCAGCAACUGACAUUUCUUUUGAAGACCCUGAUAUGUUAGGAGCAGUGUUGGAUUGCCCUGUAAGGAAGGAAAACAACUUUGAUAAUCUUGAUUUUGAUUUGGAUUUGAUGCUUUGGGACUCAGACAUAUGGGACAUCAAUGACCAUUUUCGUGCAGACAUUAAACUGGAACCCCAGCCACUUUCUCCAUCUUCUUCAAGUUGUUCAGUGUCUUCCCCUCAGUCUGUGGACUCUUACUCUUCAACUCAACAUGUUCCUGAGGAGUUGGAUUUGUCCUCUAGUUCCCAGAUGUCUCCCCUUUCCUUAUAUGGUGAAAGCUCUACUAGACCCCCCUCAGCAGAGCUACUGAAGGAAGAUAAGCCCAUCCUUAGUCCUAGGAACAAAGCAGAAAAUGGACUGACUCAAAAGAAAAAAAUUCAGACAAAUUCAAAACCUUCAAUUCAGCCCAAGCCUUUAUUGCUUCCAGCAACACCUAAGACUCCAACCAAUUCCAGCGUUCCAGCAAAAGCCAUCAUUAUUCAGGCACUACCAACCCUUAUGCCCUUGGCGAAGCAGCAGCCUAUUAUCAGCAUACAACCUGCGCCUACUAAAGGCCAGACCCUUCUCCUCUCUCCGCCUCCUGUGGUACAGCUCCAGGCACCUGGAGUCUUGCCCUCUCCUCAGCCAGUCCUUGCCAUCCCCAGAGGAUCCACACAGCUACCUAAUCACAUGGUGAAUGUGGUACCAGCCCCUGUGACAACCACCCCGGUGAAUGGAAAACUCUCCAUGACCAAGCCAGCCCUACAGAGCACCGUGAGGAGUGUGGGUUCAGAUAUUGCUGUGCUGAGGAGACAGCAGCGGAUGAUUAAGAAUCGGGAAUCUGCCUGCCAGUCCCGCAAGAAGAAGAAAGAGUAUAUGUUAGGGCUGGAGGCAAAGCUAAAGGCUGCCCUUUCUGAGAAUGAGAAACUGAAGAAAGAAAAUGGGUCCCUGAAGCGCCAGCUGGAUGAAGUUGUGUCCGAGAACCAGAGGCUAAAAGUUCCCAGUGCAAAGCGAAGAGUUGUCUGUGUGAUGAUAGUGUUAGCAUUUGUAGUCCUGAACUAUGGACCAAUGAGCAUGUUGGAGCAAGAUUCCAGGAAACUGAAGCCUGGUGUGAGCCCUGCAAAUCAAAGGAGGCAUCUUCUAGAAUUUUCUGCUAAAGAGGUGCAAGACACAUCAGAUGGUAUCAUCCAGAAAAAUAGCUUAAGAUAUGACCAUUCUGUUUCCAAUGACAAAGCCCUGAUGGUACUAACUGAAGAGCCACUACUUUAUAUUCCUCCACCUCCCUGUCAGCCCCUGAUUAACACAACGGAAUCUCUCAGGUUAAAUCAUGAACUUCGAGGAUGGGUUCAUAGACAUGAAGUGGAAAGGACGAAGUCAAGAAGGAUGACAAAUAGUCAACAGAAAGCCCGCAUUCUUCAGGGUGCUUUGGAACAAGGCUCAAAUUCUCAGCUGAUGGCUGUUCAGUACACAGAGACCACGAGCAUCGGCAGGAACUCGGGAAGUGAGCUCCAAGUGUAUUAUGCCUCACCCAGGAGUUAUCAAGACUUCUUGGAAGCCAUCCGCAGAAGGGGAGAUACAUUUUACGUGGUGUCAUUCCGAAGGGAUCACUUGCUGUUACCAGCUACCACUCAUAAUAAAACCACAAGACCAAAGAUGUCUAUUGUAUUGCCAGCAAUAAACAUAAAUGAGAACGUGAUCAACGGGCAGGACUACGAAGUGAUGAUGCAGAUUGACUGCCAGGUGAUGGACACCAGGAUCCUGCAUAUCAAAAGCUCAUCUGUUCCCCCGUACCUCCGAGAUCAGCAGAGGAAUCAAACCAGCACCUUCUAUGGCUCCCCUCCCGUGGCCACGGAGGCCACGCACACAGUCCGCACCCUCCCAGAGUCGUUGCAGUAGGGCGCUGGGGUCCCUCUGGGAAACUAAGAGUGGCAUUCCACCAGACCCAUGGCGGCUGGGAGAAACGGGUCUUUCCGCCUUGUCAGCGGUCAGCUGACGACUGCCUGGCUCCACAGGGCAGAAAGAGAGAGAACGCUUUGUUCUUCACCGUCCGCCCGUCAACUUGGAAGGCACUGGAGUUCAGAAACAAGUAAACAGCAUCUCUCCUGGGGCGAAUUCCGCCCUACCUUCUCUUGUGUUACCUGGGGUCCAUGGUUUUCCCCUCUGCCUUUGUAAGCUGCUUGGCCCUCUGCCUUGGUUUUUGUGUUUUAUCUAAAGUGUCAUCUUCUUUCAGAUUCCACCACCCCUCAACCAUUUUACUUAUUGAUAACCGUGGUUUUCAUUUAAACCGCAGCUGAGCUCAAGUGCUCUGGAGCGUCCACCGAUUGGAUUUGGUGUUCCUUUAAUGUAACCCCCCUCUGGGAAGUGCAUUUCAAACCCACAAAACCCCCAAAAAAGUACCCCCCCAAAGAGUCUAAGUAAUCUGGAGCUGUAAGUAAAAGAGGAAACCUCCCAUUGGUCAAGUUGACUGGCAUUUGUGGCUCACCUCUCAGGCUGCUGUGGGAAAAGGGCAAAUAGCAAAGUUGGGAGAAUGGACUGGAAAGGAAGGGUUCGUGGUGGGCUUUGAAAAGGAGAUGGCUCCAUGAACACAUGUGUUUAAAACAUGGGGCGUUGAUCUGCAUUUGCAUGCACAGAAAGACCAAGACCACAGCACUGGUGAGGAGGCAGAAGCGGCGGGAGGGCUCCAGGACGUGGUCAUCUGUGCUUUGCACACUGUUCAUUGGCCGCCUCUUUAACCACCGCACAAGCGGGUUUGGAGUCAGCCCUGUACUCCCCUCUGACCUCAGGAAACCCCCCACCCCCCACCCCAGCCCCUCAGGACCGCGCUUCUCUCUCUGAUGGCCGCCAAGGAGUAGUGGGCCCGAGCCAAACGAAGCUGUGGCCAUGGCUCGUAGGCAGUGGCAACACGGGUGCCCCCACCCUGCCCCCUUCUGCUGGGACCACCAGGAGUUAUCACAGAAGAUGCCAACAAGGUGUGCACAGAGUGGUCAUGAGCGGAGAGGCCUCCUCUGCGCUGCACUGAGUGGCCCAACAAGACCUGUUGUGUGGACCCCUGCUCUCUAGCCCUUUACUUCUCCUUCUGAGCCCUCCACCCUCUCCUCGUCCUGUGCGUCAGUCAUGUCCUGCUAGCCCUCUGUACUGCCUCUGUCAGCAGAUGGAACAUGGGGUUGAAGGUCAAGGAGGAGUCACACAACCAAAGAGCAGGCGGUUCUAGAAGGACCGGGCAGGUGCUUUGGCUGUGCUGUGCCCACAAAGUAUGACCUGAUGCAGCCAGGAGGCCGCACCUUCUCUUGCCACUGCUGACCCUUCUGCCCACUGCCAUUUGUUCCUGAGGACGACGUGCUCUUUCUGGCAAGAGGGAAGAAGAUUCCUUCCCGGCCUCCCCCCAGAAAGUGUCAGGAGUACAAGUGCAGAGUAUUCUUUUUGUCAUUGCUAUCAAAACUCUCACUGAUGGCUUGGCACAGUAAGAGUUUGGGUUGUAAAGUGUCUUCCACCAAGCCUGUGGGAAGCGGGAAGCUGCUGUGCUAGACUGAGAAAUGACGCUUCCCCUUUGGCUUAAUUUGGGGAGCAGGACUGCUUUUGGAAGAAUUGCAGCUGAGAGGUUUUUUUUCGGGGAGGCGUGUAUAUAUUUUUUUAAUUUAUUAAUUUUUGAAAUGGGAUUGUGCACACUUGUAAGAAAAGGAGAGACUCCUGGGGGAGGGCCCCCUGCCCGUGGUGGCCGGCCUUGUGCUCUCGGGGAUGACAAUACCACACUGCUAGCAGGUGCUGGUGCAGACACGUCCAGCAUUUUAUACUUACUGUGAGUGAGUGAGUGGGUGUUUCUCCGUGCUAACUACUGAGUGAGAAGUUCAGAGCUUCUUCCCUUGGGGGUAACACGCCCACCUGCAGCCCGGCAAUACAGGGACCCAAAGUUCAGCAUUGGCAAAAGAAUCGGUCUUGGAACAAAUGUUUUUUGCUUGCCAUUCUCACUGUAGAAACUUUACAUUAGAUUGUUGAGUGGAAUUUAUGUGCUCACAAGUUUUAAAAAAAAUCCCUGUGAUUAUGAAAGCUUUGAGCAUCUUCUAACUUUUUAUUUAUUUUUAAGACUACAAACUCUAACACAAAGCUUUUGUUUCUUUGCCACUUCGUGUUAAGCAAGUAGCAUGGAGGGUUUUGAAAGCAACAGUGCCAUAUGAGUCAUUCUGCUGAUUAAACAAGGGACUUGCGAUUCAAAUAGAUUUUUCCAAUUUUUUUUUCCAUUUUGAAAGAGAGUCCUGGUUAAAGCUCCUUGCCCAUUUCUUGCUGCUGGGUGCCCAUCCCAGCAGCCUCAGCAGUGAGAUUCGGGUAAGGCCCUACUGCUGUGGUGUUGAGAGUGAAUAAUGCCAGAAUUCGCUUCCCCUUUUGCGACACUCAUGCUUGAGCCAUUUUGUGAUACUUGCUGUUUGGAGUGCGCUCCCUACCCCCAAAUUCAGUUUGUGAAAGAGCCAGACACAUUACAAAGCUGGGAGAGAGGGAUGUGACGUUUGUAUUUGACUUGCUAACAACAUAUUGGAGGCAACCACUUUACACUGCCUGAAAGACAGAGUGAGACUGGAAGCCCACUCUCAGUCUGACCUCGAGGGCACUUCUACCCAGGAAAGCCCGCUGCCCGGUGCGGCCUGGUAGGCUGCUUCCGCUCCCUGCGGCGGGCCUGUAGGAACUGAGCUGCAAGGGUGACCUUGCCGUACCAUGCGCAGUUUGAUGAGCACCACGGCUCUCGUCAGAAUCCAGAGGAGCUCAUUACCAUCCAUCCGUGGAGGGACUCCUUAGCCAUUACUGAAUGAAAUAAAAAUCCUUUACCGAAACGAGGAUUUCCACAGCCCUGCGUCAUUUUCAUCUCCAAGCAAUAGAAUCAGUCCUCUAAUGUGAAGACAAUGUAUAACAUUUAUUUUAAAAAGGAGAGGAAAGCCUAAAAGAGAAUGAAAUGCAGAAUAUUUUCAUUCCUGUUCCUGAUAACAUCUUUAGGAGGAGGGAAAUUCCUGGAUGGUUUUAGGCUUUUUUCGCCCCUCCAGAGGUGGAGGGGUUGCGAUGGAUUUGUCCUUCCCUAAAAACCCUCCCAAGAGGCCGCUGGAUCCCUAAGAUUACUAUGCACAUAAAGCAACUCUCCUCUGCGGCUUUCUCACACCUGGAAAAAAAGAAUCGAGAAUGUGCGCUGUGAUAACUUAAAACUGAAAUCAAAGUGUAUUUGGGAUAAGACUAGAACUUUGAGCUGGUGGUCCUGGCAUCUGCGUUAUGUGCCCUGUGCAUUGGAAGGUGUGAAAUUAAGACGGGGCUGAUGUGAGAAGCUGGUCCUCUGUCACGUAGUGGGCACCAUUCUCAGCAACUGGUUGACAAACUGUAAAGGCAUUCUUUGUAUCAAUAGGCUUGGGAGCCAAGAAGAAUAUAAAGAUCCACAAGCACCAUUUCUUGUGCCAUUUGCCUUGUGGACAAGUGUGAUUAGUUAAGUGAAUGAACCAGGAAACUUGGCAUUCUACCCAGGAUACUAAUCCCAAAUGGAGAUGAGCCCACUGCAAGUCCAUUCUAAGACCCUCUGCCCGUGGGAUUCCCAGACUGUAGCCCUUGAUGGAAGCCGACUGCCACAUCUGUUGGCAUUUGGCGGGUGGGUUCACACCACAGACCUUUCAUUUAGCUGCAAGCACUUUAUCCACCGCCCCACCAGGCGCCUCAGAUCAAGAUGAGUGGGUUGAUUUUCAGAUGUAUGCAGAGGGUCGUCACAAAGUUUGUGGGAAGCUCCCAUUAUCAUUUAAUUCUAUUUUUCCAUGAGCCUUUUGAAGCUCCCUUGUAUAUUAGGCCAUUUUACAUCUCACUCGGUCAGUCAUUUCCAGGGCAGUCACCAGGAGAGAGGUUCUUCCUAAAUCAGGUCUUUCAAUGAAAACUAUGCACCCUUCCUGGCCUUAGAGAGCUUCCUCCCACGAAGGUGGUUUUCAUUAGGUUGGCUAGUCAGUGGGGCUCAGGCCAAUGGGGCCUCGGCUGUGGAGUAGGGGGGCCUCGGGAAAUGCUUGUGUUAUCAGGAGUAUUGCUUCCCCGGGAGUGCUCGCUAAGGUGGUACCCUCUGUGUGCUAAGAAGGUGGUAAAGAUUUUCAGGAAAGAUGUACCACUCUUGCCUUUAACGUUUGUUGGUUUGAAAUGCAUAAGGAAAUGCUACACACAGUUGGAUCCUUGCAAGCAACUCCUUAUGAUGCGAGACCUAUUCUUUGUCUAUCAAAUAAAGAGUUUUUAACCUUG